UAUUUCGAAACUUUUGUUUGGUUUAAAAGGUUAACAUAAAGUUGUCUUAAAACCUUACCAUUUCUAUAAUAGAAUCUGAAAUCUGACUGGAAACCUGUGGGUAAACCCUCCCAACUUGCGUCGGUAAUACGUAAUUAUCUAACACCCGGCGAUGUACAACGUGUUGCGCUCUGUGGCACGGCGCAUUCCAACCCAGAACCCAGAUUCAGUCUUCCUUUUAGAUUUUGUUCGGGUAUCUUUCUACUGCGGAUACAAAUGCAGCAGGAAACAUUUUUUACUGCUCAUUAAUCAUCACAACUCAACUCUUUUUAAGUAAUCUAUUCAAUAAUAUAUUAUUCUGAUCGUUGGAAACAGUAAUUGCGUGACAGUGGUUGAGUGGUGCCGGGGCCGGGUAGUGUCACUGGCCGCUGUGUUUACAAACAAAGGUGUUGUGUUGGUACUAUUUGCACGAAGUUCAGCGUGCCAGGCAAGAAGUACUGUUGUCACACUGUCAAAAAUAUAUGCAGUUGCCAAAGUGACGCUGUGUUAUUCAAAACUCUUGUUGAACGAUGUCGUUAUUUGGAUCUCGUUUAAAUUGUGAGAACUUGAACAUGAAUGGAUUAGGUGCAGAACAGUGAAAAUAUAUACCGUAGAUUUAAUGAAUUUUUAAUGUUAAUGGAUGGAAAGUUGGCAAAAUUUAAAAAGUAGUUAUAACAUUAGUCUCAGUCGCUUCAGUGGUACAGUAUUGGAUACGGAUUUCAUCAUCAACAGCAACACUAACUCAAAGGUUGAUCGAUAGUAUUGAUUUCCUCUUCAUAAAGCAACAAUGGAUACAGCCGCAAUAAAGCUGUUAAUUGACAUUCAGCAUGAAGCAUAUAAAAAUGCUAUGGAGUUGUUUGUCAGUCAGCUGACAAAUAAAAUUGAUGCUUCCCAAGCACAGAUAAUGGAUUUAGCCAAAAGUCUUGAAUAUAUUCAAGCUGAUGUAGCCGACUUAAAAUAUCAAGUAAAGCAGCUUAUAAGAGAAAAAAAUGAAGACAAACGAACCACUAUGAGGUGGCAAGACCAAAUUCAGUCCUCCAGCAAACUAGUAGAAGACCUAGAAUCUAAAGACAGUUGUGUUGAUAAGACCAGUCACAACAGUCUAUGUAUAGAAGGUAUACUGGAAGCUGAGCCAGAGACACUGCUACAGUUGGCGGCUACAGUGACGACUCUAUUUCAAGAAAAGUUGGAGAUGUCAGAUGUGCCCUUGGAGCAAGUUUACAGAGUGGGCCAACGGAAAUGUAGCCGACCACGUUCAGUUCUUGUCAUUUUUUGUAACCCCAUUGACAGAGAUGUUGUUCUCAGACGCUCUAGGAUGCUGCAUGGCACAAAGAUAUUUAUUUACGAAAGUCUCUGUCCCACAACACAAAAUGUGUUAAAUGGCACAGAAGAGGAAAGAUUACCAUACCUUAGUCAUGCAGAGUUAAUUGCAAAAUACAAAGGUGUUGCCCAAGACUCUUCAUCAGCGGUAAUGUCAUCGUCCUCGCUGGCCACCGCCAACCACCACGACUCAACUUCCACCCACAAUGCUGAUACGGGUGGCGGGCGGCAGGUGUUGUCACUGCACGUGGGUCAGGCAGGAGUUCAGAUUGGGAGAGUUUGCUGGGAACUGUACUGCCUCGAACAUGGCAUCUUCCCAGAUGGUGUACCAUACCCGGCCAUUGAAGAGUCAUCCCUGGACCCUUUCUUUUCUGAGACAAGUGAUGGCAAAAUGGUUCCCAGAUCUAUCUUCAUUGACCUUGAGCCCUCUGUUGUAGAUGAGAUCCGGCGAGGGACACAUCAGGACUUGUUUCAUCCAGCUGACUUGAUCACACACAAGGAGGAUGCUGCUAACAAUUUUGCACGAGGUCGUCACUCUGUUGGCCGGGAAGUGGUGCACGCUGUAACAGAACGGAUCAGAAAGCAGGUUGAAGGCUGUUCUGGUUUGCAGGGCUUCAUAUGUACCCAUUCCUUUGGUGGUGGUACUGGUUCUGGCUUUAUGACACUGCUAUUGGAGAAGCUGGCCCAGGAGUACCCAAGCACCAGCUUAAUGAGAUUCUGUGCAUUUCCAUCUCCACGAAUGUCAACAGCUGUGGUGGAGCCAUACAACACUAUCCUCCAUGCAUCAACAACCAUGGAGUAUGAUCAUUGUGUCUUUGUGUUCGACAAUGAGGCCACAUAUAACUUGUGCGUGAAUAAAUUAGGAAUUGGACGCCCGACUUACAACAACUUAAACCACCACGUAGCACAGGUAGUGUCUGCAGCUACAGCCUCUCUCCGCUUUGAUGGUGCCCUUAACGUAGAUGUGCGAGAUUUUAAUACCAACCUAGUGCCACUUCCUCGCCUACAUUUCCCAGUGAUGACAUAUGCUCCAAUUGUAUCAGCUGACAAUGCUUAUCGUGAGCAGCAGUCUGUUUCUGACAUGACCACUGCUUGUUUUGACCCAGCCAUGCAGAUGGCAACAUGUAACCCAGCUACUGGUAAAUACAUGUCUUGCUGUUUAUUAUAUCGUGGUGAUGUAACACCAAAUGAUGUGCAGAGAGCAAUAUCAGCCAUAAAGCUCAAGAAAUCUGUCCAGUUUGUGGAAUGGUGUCCUACAGGAUUCAAGUUGGGAAUUAAUGGUGGGCGUCCAAAGGUACUGCCCGGAGCAGACCUGGCCAAGAUGAGUCGUUCUGUAUGCAUGCUGGCCAACACUACUGCCUUCAAAGAUGCCUGGGCUCGUGUCAACCAUAAGUUUCAACUCAUGUAUUCCAGGCGUGCAUUUGUACACUGGUUUGUUGGGGCUGGUCUUGAAGAUUCUGAGCUGGGAAUUGCUCAAGAAAAUGUUGCACAACUAGUUAAUGACUAUCAGGAGGUUGAUGGUGAUGACGGAAAAGUCGAUGCUCAUGAAUUCUAAAGUGGCUUUGGUAUACACUUGUUGGUACCAGUAAAAGUUCUGAAGAAUAUUCAGCAAGGUUUUAUAUGUGACGAGGAUCAAAUAAAAUUUAACGUUUUUAUAAGCACCAGUAUACUGUACAUUAUCACUGUAGCUUUGGUAUGGAAAGUAAAGCAGUAAAUUACAUUGAUAGCUAAAUAGUGAUACAUCUCCAAUUACUAUGUCCUGAUGUCAGAAUAUACAGUAAAUUUUGAUUGGGUCAGAUCUCCCUCCAUGAAGAGCAAGAGAAAGUUAUUUUGUGUGGUCAUUUCCUUCAACUAUUCAAAGUUUUAACUAAAUGUGUGUGCAUUCCAUCCAUAUCUUAAUUGUCAAUAUAUCUACGUCCAGUAAAGCUCAUCCAAGGUUUUUAAGACCAGUACUCGUGUCAAAAAAUCUCUUUCCAACACAUCAUUUUAACACUUAAUACAUAACACAAUUCAUUACACCUUCCUCAUUCUUCACUUAACACAUUCAUGACCUCUCUUACAAAGAUUCAACAUCAAAGACUUCUAUUAUUGUCAAUCUCAAUUACAAGUCCUGUUUUACUCAAUGACUUCUUUUUGCAGAGUAUCAGUCUCAGUGAUCUGUAGCCCAAUAUUAAUCUCGAUUAUCUCUCACAAUAUCGGUCAUGGUGAUAUCUAUUACAAAGUAUCAAUCACAAUAACUGUUAUUGCAAAGCCAGUACAGUAUCACCUUUGGCUUUGUGAUACUAUACAGGUAUCAGUCAGCUUUAUCAUUCUCUCUCUCCAACAAUCCAAAACACUGUUACUCUCCAGACAGUUCAAAAGAGAACAAUAAAACAGACAAUAGUUAAUUAAUUUACUCUUAAGGCCUUCCUUACCAUAUGCUAUAAUAACUUCCAUUCAACAUUUAUGCUGCUGUCGUACUUGCAUUUGUCAGCUUGGCCUUACACUAAGGGAGGAGAUAAGACCUCCCUUGACAAUCCUCACAAAUGACAAGGCAAUGGACAGGACCGCCCAUUGUUUGUUCACCUUUUGCUCAUGCAUUUGCUUUAGGUAUUUUACUAAAGUACGCAGGGUACCCCGACUUCUAGCUACCUAAAAGAAGUACGAGCAGAGCUUUACACUCGGCUAUGUUACUCGUGUUCUAAGUCUGUACACAUUUCCUUUUUAACAAGUUUGCUAUCAGUGAAGAGUGGCAUGUAUGAUUUAACACCUGUCACCAACGAUAACAUCUGCUGUGUCUUGCAUACAAAAGUGUUGCAUUUCAGUGAUAGAUCCAGUUCCUCCAUAAUCAACACCUGAUAACCUUUUCUGAUAUUGGCAUCAAGUAGUGAAACCAUACCUGAGAAACACAGUUCUUGAAUAGGACAAAGGGCUUAUUAUUGCUCAUGAAUGUCUAUUCUGGAUACUGAUUCGUCUCUGUUUAGCAAAAGAGGUUUGUUAACCCCCUUAAAAAUAUUGGAUCAAUCCCUGCAUUUAUAACCUUCUGUUUUUAAAUUGCCACACAGUCACACUGUUGAAAUAUAAAGACUAUACUGUAUGCAUAUUUUCGUUGAUGGGAAGAAAAAUGAACAUUUAACAUAUAAAUCAAAUUACAGUACAGCAUUAGUAAACUUGUGAAAAAGAUAGCCAUUCUGGAAUGUGCUUUACAAUAUAUAAAGCAAAUUUACUUAUGAUUCAGUUGAUCAGCAUCGCUAUAUAAAGUGAAAUGCAGAGCCGACAACUCCUGGUCAGGCCAGAGCUGUCAAUCUUCAGUUAGGUCAAGACGGUCAACUCCCAGUCAGGUCAGAGUUAUCAAAUCAGAACUGACGAGGGAGUUGACACUUGUAGAGAUGCAUGGCCAAAAAAGGUACAGUAUAUAUAUAUAUACAUAUAAUCCACUUCAGUAUAAGGACUAAAUAGAGGUUUUUCAUGAUACCUCUAAUAUUUUCUUUAUUAAUAAUGUGCUAUUAAGUCUUCUGUACUAUAUUGCGAAAAUACAGAUACAGACAGCUAUCUCGCAGCAUUUGUUACAAGUGUCAAUCAUCUCUGUGAGCGAGCACGUUCAUUCUGACUAUUGUAGUUCUGUAUCCUACUGUGUUUUAUACAACUAAAAUAAACAUUUCUAGUCU